CCUAGCAGGUGGAAAUGGGCUGACUUCUACCGGCGACGAGUAUCCGCACCCGGCAGUCAGUCAUACGGUGUCUCUCCCUGCAGUCUAACGUUAAAACAACAGCUUGUAGCAGGAUCAUUUUAUCAAGCUAAGCUGUUCAAUCCGUCUGAAAACAUCUCCAGAGCAUUUUGCCGCCUCUUGUAUGCUUCGGCUUGUAGAGACAUCUGUGAAGAGCUCGGAGAUUAACGUUUCAGAGAAGCUGUCGUAGGAUGGAAACGCAGAUCCAUGUGCCUGUCGGGUCGCCGGUUAUCAGAAAAAUCCCCGUGUUCGUGGACGAGCACAACGUGAUAGAGGGGGCGAUGAAGCUCAUGAAAGAGCUGAGACCGGCAUGGGAGCCCGACAGCGUCAGAACCAAGUCCUUCACAGACGGUACCACCAAUAAGCUGGUUGGAUGCUACGUGGACCGCAGUCCUGAGGAUGUGGUCCUGGUCCGAGUGUAUGGGAACAAGACGGAGCUGAUUGUGGACAGAGAUAACGAGCUCAAAAGCUUUCAGGUGCUGCACGCUAAUGGCUGCGCUCCACGUCUCUACUGCACCUUCCAAAACGGAAUCUGCUACGAGUUCAUGCAGGGGGACGCUCUCGGGCCGCAGGAUGUUAGGGAUCCAACUCUGAUCCGGCUAAUAGCUCUGGAAAUGGCUCGGAUUCAUGCCAUCCAUGCUCACAAUGGUUGCGUCCCCAAGCCCAACCUCUGGAUCAAGAUGCGGCAGUACUUCUCCCUCGUGGCCACAGAGUUCACCGAUCAAGCCUCCAACAUCAGAAUUCAACAGGAGGUUCCCAGCAAGGCAGUGUUGGAGCAGGAGAUGGUGUGGAUGAAGGAACAUCUCUCCACGCUGGGGUCCCCAGUGGUGCUCUGCCACAACGACCUGCUCUGCAAGAACAUCAUCCACAACAGCAAAGAGGGUCAUGUUCGCUUCAUAGACUAUGAAUAUUCCAGCUAUAACUACCAGGCCUUCGACAUCGGCAACCACUUCAAUGAAUUUGCAGGUAUGGCUGAGCUGGACUAUGGGCUGUAUCCCAGUCGGGAGAUGCAGAUGGACUGGCUGGAAGAGUACCUGCAGGCAUACAAGCUGUUCACCAAGAAGACUGAGGAGGUCAGCCAACGAGAACUCGAGACACUCUAUGUACAGGUCAACAAGUUUGCUCUGGCUUCUCACUUCUUCUGGGGCUUCUGGGCUCUCAUCCAAGCCAAAUACUCCUCCAUCGACUUUGACUUCCUCGGGUACGCCGUGCUGCGUUUCAACCAGUACUUUAAGAUCAAGCCUACAGUGAUGGCCCUUCAGAUCCCAGAAUGAGAGGAAGGUGAGGAGGCCAGGUGGAGGCUGCAGCAGGUGGAAGCCUGGAGACGUCCUGUAGGACUGGGACUGUCCUGUUGGUGGACGGCCGCUCACUCUGCCAGGCAGCCUUCGUCUUAAUCAAGCGCAAUUACUCUCAUUCCUGCAAACUUACCUCACACCCUUCCUGAGGCUAGCUGAAGAAUGACAGACGGUUCAUGUGUUCAAGGAUCAUAGAUAUAUUUGUCUGAGUGUCAGAACAUCCAUUAGAGUGAACCUGCUUUGUCUGUCAUACAACCUCCACAAUCAGGAUUUGAAGGUGCAUUUUGCCAAGCAUUCCCUACAUGUAGAACAUUCCUCCUUCUGUCUGCUGAUAGUUGUCCCCUUUAUCUGUUUCUCUGCUGGUCCUCCUCAUGUUUGGUGCUAGCAGCUCAUAGUUGCUGUACUUCUGCUCAGUUUGAGCGUCUGUGACUUGAUUGUCUUCAUAUUAAUUCAUUAACAUACUGCAGAUUCUGCUGCUAACAUUGCAGAGCGCCCUUUUCUCUGUGCUGGUGGACCUCAGAUCAAGCCCAUGUGAAUCAGUGAGCAGAAAUCUAUUUGGCUGAUCCCUGUUUUGUAGCAAACUGUGAGGAAGAGGAGCUAAAUGUUUAUAUUUGUAUUUAUUUUUAUUGUGGCUAUGUAACGGCUCAUUCUCGGGCUGCAUUGGCAGAUGUUCAUUUUUAGGAUGGUACUGAUGCAGAAGGAACAGAGUGAUUCUGAGCUCUGUGUCUGUCCCAUUUUUUUUCAGCUUCUUGGCUUUUAUGGCUGCAGUCAUUCGCUCUGUUAACUUUCCAGACACGUUGGGAAGUCCCAACCUCUCUCACCCCUCUGUACUGCCCUCCUAUGUCUGCUCUCUCCUCAUGUUUCAGUCUCAUCUCCUUCCAGCCUGCACCUGUUUUCACCGGCUGCCCUCAGCCUUACACUCUCAUUUUCUUCCUAGAUUUGGAGCUAUAUUGAAUUUUAUGGUCAAACUUGCCAUAUUUUAAGUCUAGCUUAGAUAAAGAGGAAUCCUGAGUUGUCUGAGGUCACCUUCAACUUGCAUGUGUAACAUCUCACUUUAUGUUGAAGUAAGGAUAUGCAUGAAGGAUUCUUUGGACCCUUUUCAUGGAGAUGCAAGUUUACAAGAAUUAGAUGAGAUGUGUUUGAUGGUUAAUAAAGGUUACAGUGAAAAAUUGCAUCAAAGUAAAUUCUGUUGGUGGAUGUAUUGAUAGAUCCAAAACAGUGAAGGUUCUUAGUUUUGAUCCAUUUAACACAAAGGAAAAACUAUUCCUAUUUUUCAGCAUCCAAGGAGGAAAUUGGCCAAUUUUGAUCUCUGACUGUGAGAUUGGUGCAUCUCAACAUGAAUCCAAACAACAAUGGAGACAUAUGCUUUGAUUCCUAAAUAAUUAAAUGUCUUUUAAUUAUUUUAUUAGGAAUAAUUCUUUGUAGUACCUAAAAAUAAUCGAUGUCAGUCAAAUUUGGAAUCAGUCAGACCUUCACAUUAAACCUGAUUGGUGCA